AUGACAUAUAUUAGUAAAAAACAAGCUGCAAAAAAAGUAAUUGUAAGAGAGAAACCAAUCUUAGUAAGAUUAAAGUUAAUAAUAGGUGCCGGAACAGCGUCGAUGACACCACCAUUGGGACCUAAUUUAGGGCAAUAUGGAAUAAAUAGUAUUGAAUUUUUUAAUGAUUUUAAUACAGAAACAAAAGAAUUAUUUGAAACAGGAUUAGCAUUAAGAGUGAUCCUAUGGAUAAAUGUAAUGAAAGCAUUUUAUUUUGAGCUACAAAUGCCCAAAAUAAGUAAUUUAUUAAAGGAAUAUUAUAAAGUAGAAUGUGAAGCCGCGAAAGGUGGUAAUGUGUAUAUAGAAAAAGAACGAUUAUUAAAAGAUUGUUUUAAAAUCGCAAUAUUACUGUGUACCUUUAAUAAAGCAGAAAAACAGUGGGAACAAAUUGAAAAAAAAUAUUUAAGAAUAACCGUCUUAGAAAUCUUAGGAACAUGUAGAUCCUGUAAAAUAUACGUAAAAAAAGCAGAGAAUGAAUAA